CCGCGCUAUCUUCGUUUUGUAGGGACUCUUACUGAAAUAUUUCUUUAAAUGUUUUUUAUAUAGCGUUGUUGAAAGAAUAUUUUUGUACUAAUUUCGAAUUAAGAACCAGUCUAAUGGAUGGAGAUAGCGAAAUACCUGGCCAAACGCCUUCACCAAGUCCAAUUCCGACAUGGGAAUUGCCACCGGAUCCUCCCGAAAUAAAAUAUAACUGGAUUGAUAUCACAGAUGAAUUAAAAGCAGCUUGUGGUGAGUUGCAAAUGGGAGAACUUGUUCAUGAACCGAAUUUUGGACUUUUCGAAGCAAUGAGUGCAAUUGAAAUGAUGGAUCCGAAAAUGGAUGCUGGAAUGGUUGGAAAACAAACCAAGAGAAAGAUUCUUGAUUUACAUCAAGCCAUCGAAGCAAAAACAAUAAAAAUAUCUGACUUGGAAUUCAAAGAAUUGAUUGGAAUCAUGGAUACUUCACUAUGCUGUUUGCUGUCUUGGUUGGAAGGACAAACUCUUGCUCAUACUGUGUUUACUUGUUUAUAUCUACAUGAACCUGAUUUAAUUGAAGACCGAUGUUUGCGAGCAUACUCAAUAUGUAUGUUGAAACUAUGUGAUCUUAUAAGGGAGAAGAUUAACAAGGCUAAUGUAUUUGAAGAAGAAGACUUCCAGACGAUUACAUAUGGAUUCAAAUUUGUUGAGGGUUUAUCAGAGUUGAGAGUUGUUGGGAUGAUGAAAGAGGUUGAAGAUGAAUAUUCUAGGAAGCUGAGAAGCAUGAAAUCAAAACAGACAGAGGGAGGACAAGAAUCAGUUCAACUUGAAACUACGCGUUGUAACGGAAUCAUCGCUAGAAUUAGAUUCUUGAGAUUAUUUCUGCAGUCAUUGAUGGUAUUCGGGAGGAAAGAGGCGGAAUCUCUCCAGCAAGUUAAAAAGAUGUUGCAUUCAAUGUUAGAACAUCUGGCAACAGUAGGAAGAACAAUCCACCUCGGAAUAGAGUCAGUAGCAAGUGAUGACGGUCACAUGAUAAUGCAUGGUUUUGAACCGUUAGUCAACCAGAAGUUGCUUCCACCUACUUUUCCAAGGUAUACAACACUAAGAAACAGAGAGGAAAUUGUUGAAAAUUAUGAGCAAAUUAUUAAAAGAUUAUUGAUGGUUAUUGAAGUUACUGGACUAUCUGGAUAUCAGAAUAUAUUGGAAUUUUUCGACAAGUUUGGGAGAACAAUCCCAUGUGUAUUAUCUCGUUCCAUUCUUCAAUUAACAUUCCUGCCAGAGAAUCGCAAAGUAUUCGGCAACCAGGUGUUGACAGAGUGUAUCAAAGACGCAAUGCGAACUUUCAACGCACCUCCCGUUUUUUCUCCUAGAUGUCCGGCUCUGCAAAAUCAUCCGACUGCAAAAAUUCAUGCUGAGAUGUUUUUGAGCAGAGCAUCACGGGCUGCAUCAUGCUUGAUUCAAACAUACGGUCACAAUAGAGCAAGGCAUCGUGAAAAACUUGCUGCUAUUCUAGAAGAGUUCGCUUCUUUACAAGAAGAAGCCGAUCGAAUAGAUUCUGAUCUUCAUGCAAUCAAUGAAAGCAUUAAUCCGAACUCUGACCUUUCACAUUUGACCUGUCUAGGAAGUUGGACGUUAUAUCAUACAUUACGUGUGAUGACACAAUACGUUCUUAGCGGAUUUGAACUUGAACUAUACAGUCCACAUGAAUUACAUUAUAUUUAUUGGUAUUUAGCAGAAAUUUUACUCAGUUGGUUGAGCACAACGAUCAGUCGUGCAGAACAACAAUUAACUCGUGAUGAAAUGCUGGGAGAUCAAAUUCCUGGAAGAAACAGAAAUAGUAGAAAGAAGAAAAAUAAAAGAAAACCAAAAAUUCACUCAAAAGAACUAAAAUUGACGCAGGGAAUGCAAAUGAUGGCAGCUGGAUGCUUCAAAGCUGUUCUAGGAUUCUUUUUAUCAAGGAAACUUCUCACUCCAGAUUUCUUGUUAGAUAGUGAAUGCACAAGAUACGAGCAUCGUUUCUUACCUUUCGUUAACAUAACGACUCCACCGUUUAUGCUGUAUUCCCAGUUUCGUGAUAUGACAGACAUAACUACUUAUCAUCCUCGACCUUCUGAAGAGCAAUUAUUUAUUGCUGCAUCAAAGCAUUUCAGUCAAGCAAAAGCAAUGUAUGAAACAAUUCCAAAUCAAACUGAAGAGGUACAAAGUCUACUCAAAGUUGCAAAGACCAAUCUUGUUGUUACAAAAUUACUUGCUACUGGACAUAAAAAAGAUUCUCCAUGCAAAGUUGAAUUUGAUUUUUCUGUUCAUAAAUAUUUUCCUAUAUUUAAAAUCGCUUAAUAUGAGUCUAACGACAAAAAUGAUUUUCAAUUGUCAGAUUGUCUUAAAUACAGUCAAUUGAUUUGAUUGAUGAUUUGACAGAAAACUGUCACAAUGUUUAGAUUCACUGUUCUCCCACUUGUCCCAAUUGUAUGAAUCUAUCUCCACAUAACUAAGGCAGUGACUGGCAAACUGUGGACCACGGCCCCAUUGUGGCUGUCUAGCGUUUUCUAGUGGUCCUCCAAUAAAUUUCUGCGAUCUGAAAUUGACUAGCAAUGCAUGAUUUGAUUACUCUCUGUUACAUUCACAGAUCACAUGAUUAAUUCGAGAUUAAAAAAAGGAUGCGCUUCAUUGAAUCUUGAAAUUACUUUACAGAAGACAACUUCAAAAAUUAUGAAGUCUUAAAUUAACCCAAAAUUGCUUUUUUCUGUGUGAUUUCAAAUGUGUUCAUGAUUUUAUAAUAUAGAUAAACAAAAUUUUGUUUAUUCGAUCCCUUGAAUAACCUAUUCGAUCAAUCACUCAAUAUUUUUAGGCUCAUUGGUUUAUCAGUAUUUUAGCAUUUCGAUUUUUGCAUUUUCUAAUUUUUGCCUAAACCGAACACUGUUUUUGUAAUAAAAUUAUUCAGAAAUCAGUAAAAUAGCUUGAUUUGAACGAUAAUGAGAUGUCAGAUUUACUCUAUAAAUAAUUUUAUAUAUAAAUUUAAUCGCUAGUCCACUUCAAAUGUAGAUAUUAAAAGACCAUAUUAAAAGUACGUGACUACUUAUCAGGACGUUUGGUACCUAGGUAAAUAUUGUCCGAUUUUCUAGCAGUUAAAAAUAAAACUGAAUUGUUCUGUUGUUAUUUCUGAUCGUUCUUUUCUAUGCUUUGUACCUAUGCGAGUUUCAAUUCCAAUAAUAAAAUUGAGAGUUCUGACAA